AUGGGGUUUUCCACUUUCCAAGGCACGGAGUACAGCAUCAUGGAUGUCACUGAGGCUAUCGAGACGGACAGCGGGGGACAAACCGUGCUGACCACUUUCCAGGUCACCAUUGCUGUUCUCAGUGGUAUCUUCUCAUUCAUUACCGUCUUGGGAAACCUUCUCGUGCUCUUUGCGUUCUGCGUCGAGCGUCGCCUCCGCACCUAUAUCAACUAUUUCAUCGUGGCACUCUCGUUUGCCGACCUAGUAGCCGGUGCGUUCACCAUGCCUCUAUACACCGUUUAUUGGGUAUUGGGUUUCUGGCCGUUCGGCACUGCUCUCUGCGACAUCUAUAUGUACAUUAACCAUGUUUUCAUCCACAUCUCUUUACUGGGCAUCCUAGUGCUUGCUGUCGACCGAUACCAAGCCGUCUACCAACCCUUAAAGCACCUCCAGAAGCGCACGCUACGCCACGCUAGUUUCAUGAUCUCUAUUUUUUACAUCAUCCCCUUCACGCUCUGGCUGCCGUGGUGUUUGCUCUGGCCGUAUUUCGCAGGUGCCCGUCGCAUCAGGGACGGUUUCUGCUACCCCCAGUACGUGGUGGACAGUCUGGCCUUCUCCAUCCUUGCACCGAUCUGUUUCUUCUGGAUACCGGCGCCAAUUAUCUCCGUGCUGUACUGGCGCAUCUAUGUUGUCAUCCGCAGGAGAUCGUCCCAGAAGAGAGGCCCCGUCAUGAUGCAGGAACUGGAAACUAGCAGCAACUCAUGCAAAACUAAGCAGCAGGCAAAUACAGUCCCGCCCUCUACCAACCAAGACAUCGCAGAUCCCGAGCUUGGCCACGAUAACCCUGGGUUCGAACCCAACUUCCAGGGAGAAAGCGGCGAUACCUCAGGGAACGCACCACAGAUAGACUCUACGGGACAAAAUCGGGCCAGCCUGGCCCCUGACACCCCGAAGCUGCACACCCGGAAAAGCCAGCUGCCGAUUCUCGACUCCAUUGACCAGCAGGUGACCCAUCAGAGCAGCAAAAGACAAGCAGAGGGUAAAAUACCGCGGGCAGCAUCGUCGAGCAUCAGGCGCACGGGUCGUGAGAGUCGCAAUGAAAGCAACCGGGCAACUCGCACAUUGACUCUGAUCUUUGUCGUACUCAUCGUAUCUUCUCUGCCGUGGUCAAUUCUCGUCAUCGUCUAUGCACUUUGCCCCAAAUGCAUCCCUCUCGUCCUCUAUCAGUCCAGUGUGUACAUCGCUCACAUGAACAGUACCGUGAAUCCUUUCUGCUACGCCAUAGCCAACCCGCUCUACCUGCAGGCUAUCAGCAAGUUGGUCUGUUGCGGACGGCGGACAACGGGAAGGGGCAGUCGGCGAUGA